UUGCAGACUCACCGUGCAUAUACUGUGAUAUACAUUGACAGCACAUGCGCAGGCUAGCUACACAGAACCACCGACAAGCCAGCCCUGUAUGUUGAUUGUCAGGAGAAGCGGGCACACCUCUCUGACAUCUCAGCACAGAAUAUAAAGCAUUUUUUAUGGAUAUAAAGCAACGAAAGCAAAGAUGGAGCUAGAAGCUCUUCGGUCCAUCUAUGAAGGAGAUGAAGGCUUUAAAGAGCUCGGACCUACAGAAUUCCAGUAUCGGGUUGCUGAUGCUGGAGACCCUAAAGCCUUUCUUGUUGAAAUAUCAUGGCCAGAGACCUAUCCUGAAACCGCCCCUAACAUAUCUAUGAAUGCCUUUUUUAAUAAUCAUAUCUCUCAAGCUGUGAAACAGGGCAUCAUAAAGAAGUUACAAGAGCAGGUGGAAGCAAACCUUGGUACAUCGAUGACGUACACCUUAUUUGAAUAUGCCAAAGACAAUAAGGAAGAAUUAAUGGAGACCCAUCAACCUUUCACAAACAGCAUAACAUUAGGAAGUGACAACACAGUAGAAACAAGCAUAAUUCAGUCUAAUAAGAAAAAAGACAAGAAGGAGCAGUUGACGAAAGCACAAAAGAGAAAACUAGCAGAUAAAACAGACCACAGGGGGGAGCUACCACGUGGAUGGAACUGGGUUGAUGUCAUUAAGCUGUCUAAAACUGGCGGCUCCGCUGAGGAUGACUAGGAAUCACGAAGAGUCUUUUUAAUAACUAACCGGACUGCAGUUCAUCAUCUAGAUGUUUUUUUUUCUUAUUUUACUUUGGUAAUUUAUUAAAAAGCCACAUUUUAUAAGAGGAGCCCAUUUUGUAGGCUUCCUGUUUAAUAAAGAUGUGCUGUGUUCUUGUAAUUUGACUUGUAUUCUUUUCAGGCGUGUGUAUGUUAGUGAACAGACGUAUAGUAGUUUGUGAAAAAGAUUAAGGAUAAAAAAGUGAUUCUAAAAGGGUUGUGUACGGAAGACACAUGAAUUUCAAAACGUUGUUAAAUAAAGCCCCUUGUAUCUCAAUCUCCUCUCCCCAAAAUCCCAUUCUUUCUGUUUUCUUGUCUUAAAAGGGUUUUCCCAUCUUGCACACUUAUCCCUUAUUCAGCCCCAGGGGUUGAAUUCCCACGAUCAAAUAGUUAUCCCCUAUCUUGAGAACAGGGACUCAAGUCUUUCAUUACAAUAGAGUAGCGGGUCAGGCAUGCACACUGCUCUUCCCUUCAUUCUCUGUGGCUGUAGAGACAUCCAAACCAUGUACUUGACUAUCUCCGGCAGCUCCCAGAGUGGUAAUGGAGCGGUGCUAAGCUUGUGCAACCGGCCACUCCAUUCUAACAGAAGACUUGGGUCCCCAUUCUGUGGAUAAAGGAUAACUUUGUAAGAUGGGAAAACCCAUUUCAAUAUCACUUUAGAUGAAGGACAAUCAUUAUAAAGGUUUAUACAACACCGGUACAACCCCCUUUUCUGUAAAGUAUGAUACAUUAGAAGGUCCAUGAUAGGAACAGUAUUUACAUUAAAAUUUCAGUUUUGGUAAAGAAAGUAGUGUGUCUUGUAACGAACAUAUCUAAAAAUAAUGCUUGCAUGAAUGAAUGACUCUAAAGAUAAAUAUAUGAGAAAGGAGACUAUGUGAAAUGCUGAAGAUGGGAGCCAAGGAAAUAGUAUCUCAAAUUAGAAACAGAAACACCCUAAAGUAGGUGGGACAAUGACUUUUAUAACUUUCAGUGUGUGUUUGCAUCCUGUAAAAAAAAAUCAUUAAGAUUAAAGAUAUUAAUUAUGUUAGCAUUAAUCUGCAAAGUUUUUCAUCAUACAGAAGCUGGGGAUAGAAUAUCCCUUUUA